UGAGCAGCUGCCCGAGUCGGUAGCUGGGCGACCAGGAGCUGGGCGACCAGGAGCUGGGCGCGGAUCCACUGAGACAGCGAGACCCUCAGAGGAGGUGAGGGAGCCAGGGCAGGCAAGAGCGAAUCCCGGGCUGCGGCUCUGAGCUGAGCCGAGCGUGUCCGCGUGUGUGUCCGCGCACCUCCGUGGGUGUAUGUCCGCAGCGGCGUGUGUGUACUGUGUUCACAGCUGCAGGCACCAUGUCAGAGCCAUGCAGGGAUGCCCGUCAGAUCCCGCGCAGCAGCAAGGCGUGCCGCCGCCUCUUUGGCCCGGUGGACAGCGAGCAGCUGCGCCAGGACUGCGACGCCCUGAUGGCCAGCUGCGUGCAGGAGGCCCGAGAGCGAUGGAACUUCGACUUUGUCACCGAGACACCACUGGAGGGUGACUUCGCCUGGGAGCGCAUGAGGGGCCUUGGCCUGCCCAAGCUCUACCUGCCUGCAGGGCCCCGGGGGACCCGGGACGACCUGGGAGGGGGCAAGUGGCCGAGCACCUCAUCUGCCCUGCUGCAGGGGACAUCUCAGGAGGACCACGUGGACCUGUCGCUGUCCUGCACCCUCGUGCCUCGCUCCCCUGAGCGGCCUGAGGGGUCCCCGGGAGGGCCGGGCACCUCCCAGGGACGAAAACGGCGACAGACCAGCAUGACAGAUUUCUAUCACUCUAAACGCCGGCUGAUCAGCUCCAAGAGGAAGCCCUAACCCAGCCGCUGGAAGCUAGGUCCUCCUGGAAACAAGGGGGCCACUGCAGGCCUCUUCUACAUCUUUUGCCUGAUUCCUUCAGUUUGUGUGUCUUAAUUAUUAUUUGUGUUUUAAUUUAAACUCCUCCUCAUGUAUAUACCCUGCUUGCCCCCUCCCUCCCCAUACCCCCAGCCUCUGGCAUUAGAAUUAUUUAAAAAAAAAUUAGAUAGCAGAAAAAUAGGCUUAUUAGAGUGCUAGGUAUUUUUAUUAUGUGAACUAUUAUUUAAGCCCUCCUCAUCCUUUGCUGUCCAUUUCCUCUCUCCCUGAGGUACGGUGAGGCUGGCACAACCCUCACCCGCUGGCUGGUACUCUCUGGAGGUACCUGGCCCCUCCCCUCACCGUCUGAUGGGUGUUACAAAAUUCUGCCCCUUUCCCGCAUUCUCAGACCUGAAUUCCUUGUAAUUUGAAAAGUAAACAGAUAGCACUUUGAAGGGGACCCAACAGAGUGGGGGGCAUCAUCGAAACUUUGAGGUCCCCUCACUCCCCUCUAAGGUUGGGCAGGGUGACCUUGAAGUGGGCACAGCCUGGAACAAGGCUGGGGAUUUGAUACCCUCGUGGCCCUUGAUAACCCCCUCGGUCCCGUGAAGGCGUGGGGAAGGUCGGGUCCCGUAGCAGACCACCCCACCUCCCCUCCACCCGCAGGGGAGCCGGCCUCAGUGUUUGGCUUCGCCUUCCCCUGCACUUUUCUAGGAGCCCCAGAGGCCCCUCUUUCCCAGCUGGGCUCUCAGUCCCUCUCUGCUCCUCUCCCUUCCUCCAUGUCCUUUCCCUUUUGUACCUUCUCAGCCCUGGGUGGCAGCUCCGGGGUGCCUGUCCCCCCAACUCAGUGGACUGGAAGGGGAAGGGGCAUGCUAGAAGUAGGGUUCCCCAGUUCUACCUCAGGCAGCUCAAGCAGUGACCACCCCCUCCUCUUAGCUCUUGGGAUGGUGGUCCUGGAUGGUCAGACAGGCCUCCUUGAAUGGGGACCUCUCUAUGUGAGGGGUAUGUGGGUGAGGAGCAGGAGGGAGAUUGUGACGCCAGCCCCUGGAACUCAUCCAAGGACGUUUUCCAUUUGCCCCACCCCUCCUCCAUUUCAUUGCACUUUGAAUAGCAACUGAACAAGGAGUUAGGUGUUUUAUGAUGGCGGGAGUAGAGGCUAUGGAUAGGGCACACUAAGUGGGUGGAUAUGGGCCUGGGGAGCUGUGAGUUGUUGUCUUUCCUGGCACUGAACCACUUGGUGGCUCUGACCCCAGACACCUUCCAGCUCCUGUAACAUCCUGGCCUGGACUGUUUUCUCCUGGCUCCCAUAUGUCCUGGUUCUUCUGUCUCCACCUAGACUGUAAACCUCUCAAGGGCAGGGAAUAAGUCCUGUACUGCCCUGUGUCCUUCAAAGCCCUUCCCACAGUGCUGGGUAUACAAUAGGUGCUCAAUAAAUAUUUCUGGUGACUUCA